AUGAAGAAUUGGAUCACUGCCGCCGCUGUGAUCGUCGCCGGGAUGGCGACCGCAGGCGGCCCGGCCGCCGCGCAAUCGGGAGAGGCCUCGAAGGGCCAGCGCGUCUUCAACGCCCAGUGCAAGGGAUGUCACACGCUCGAGAAGGAUGGCGCGAGCCACACCGGUCCCAAUCUGCACGGCCUAUUCGGCCGCAAGGCCGGCACCGGUGGCGGUUACGACUCCUCCGACGCGAUGAAGAAUUCGGGCAUCGUCUGGGACGACACGACGCUCGCCGAAUACACCCGCGAUCCCAAGGGCAAGGUGCCGGGCACCAAGAUGCUCUACAACGGCGUCAAGAAUGCCGGCCAGCUCGCCGACCUCGUCGCCUACCUCAAGGAAGCGACCAAGUAG